AUGAGGGUUUCUUCAUUGUACGGGCCCGCGGCGGCUGGCAUCUCGACUUUAUUUGCGCUUCUACCGACCGCACACGCCUUGACCUUCAAUGCGGUCUCGACCCCCGAAAUCGACCUCUCCUCGCUGGGCCGGGUAACCAUCACGGGUGACUUUGACGGUGUAUCCCUUUACGAAUAUGAGGGCCAGUCCGAAAUCACACAGCGCCAGGGCUCGUACAUUCUAACCCCGCUUCCCAAUGGCAUUCUCACGAACCUCUCCUCCGCCGACGCACAGAUCCGAGACAUGUGCGCCUUCACGAAAAAGGAUGGUACUUUCGCGGGGAUAUUCGUCGGUGGUAACUUCACAAAACUCGGAGGAGUCAAAUCGCCCGGCGCGGCUCUGUUCAAUCCCAAUUCCAGCGAUAUCACGGCGUUGCCAGGCUUGACGGGCUCGGUCUCGACCGUGCUCUGCGACCAGGACACCAACCGCGUUUACGUUGGUGGAGACUUCACACACAAGAACACAUCCAAUGCCAUCGCAUGGUCCCCCAGCGAUGGCUGGACCGAACUCGAAUUCGAUGGACUGAACGGCCCCGUCAACUCGAUCAUCAAGGGCGACAACGGCCAUAUUAUCUUUGGAGGAUCCUUCGAUGGCCUUGGCAACACCACCAGCUCGUCUAACAACAAGCAAAUUCUCAACCUGCAGAACGCGACCAUCACCUCCGACGCUGAAUCCUCGCUGACCGGCUACAUUGACCCCCGCAAUGUGAUCUGUUCGACUAGUGGCGUGGCAGGCGCGGGGAAGACCUGGCUGCUUCACGAUUAUGCCCCUGGAUACUGGCGAGCAUACUUUGGAUUUACCUUCAACCCGACAAAGGUUCGCCUUUACAACACCCACUUGGAUGGACGCGGCACCAAGAGCUUCCUGUUCCGCGCCCUUCCCGACGAUGGUAUCAUGAACAUGACGUACACGGACGAUUCAGGAAAUACCGUUCACUGCGACUCAUCCUGCCCACUCUCCGACAGCACUAGCGAAAAGUACCGUGAUUUCACCUUGGUGAACCCCGUUGGUAUGAAGGGAUUCCAGAUCGAAGUUCUGGAUUGGUACGGCCAAGGCGCUGGAUUGAACGGCAUUGAGGUUUUCCAGGACCAGAUUUUGUCCUACGCCGUUGAUGCGUUCAACGAGCCUAGCUGCGCGGGCCUUGAUUACCCUUCCAAGUCUACUCGCACUGGCUCUUGGACUGUCGAGGAUGCCGGCUAUCUGUCAGCUUCGGUGACUGACUCCAACGACACCAGCACCUCGGUCGUUUUCUAUCCUGAUAUCAAGGAGUCUGGCAACUACACCAUUCUUGUUUACACCCCUGGCUGUGUGCAAGACGACAGCUGCAGCUCCCGUGGUAUGGCAAAUGUUACAGCCACCGUCGCGACUGGCACCGAUGCCUCGCAGCCGUCGCCAACAACCAUCUACCAGACCAACAACUACGACAAGUACGAUACCCUGUUCUCUGGCUACGUUGAUGCGAGCAGUGAUUCUUUCCGUCCCAGCGUUACCCUUCGGCCUAUCUCUGGCCAGGGAGACAUCACUCUUGUGGCGUCCAAAGUCCGCUUCGAGCUCCUCUCCAACACGACCAGCGGUGGUUUGAAUGGUCUGUACGACUUUGACCCUUCCUCCACGACGACCGCCAGCCUUGAUAGUUCCGACAUCAACGUGGCUGGCAACUCCCUCGACAAGGAUGCUGUGAUCAUGAGCCUGGCUGAAAAUGAUGGUAUCUUCUACGUGGCGGGCAACUUCUCCACCAAGAAGAUCCACAAUGUCAUGUCUAUCACUGAUGGAAAUGCUACCGCCAUGCCUAGCGGCGGUCUGAACUCUGAGGUCAUGGCCAUGACUACUCUCAAUGAUGUCCUGUACGUUGGAGGUCAGUUCACCGAUACCUCUGACGGAGGUGCCGACGGUCUUUACCAUGUGGCUUCCUACUCCUUCUCUUCCAAGAAGUGGUCAGCCCUGGGCGAAGGCCUCAACGGCCAGGUCAACUCCAUCUACCCAAUCCAGCUGAACGUGUCAACUUCCAUCAAUGAAACCACCAUUGCCGUGAGUGGUAACUUCAACCAGAUCCGCGCCACCAGCGACCACCCGGCCGUCUAUGUUGCCGGCUUUGCCAUCUGGGUGCCGUCCAAGAAGGCCUGGCUACAGAGCCUUAACGAUACCCAAAUGAAGUUUGCUGGGCAACUCUCUGCAGUGGCCACUUUCAAUGAUACCACGCUCCUUGCAGGCAGCCUCGCUACCGAUGGAAUCACUGCGUCUGGCGCUGUCUCGUUGCAAAACUCGAAUGACCUGACCUUGGUUCCCCUGUCGAUGAACACCAACCACACCGCCUCCACCGUUGGAAUCAUCACGGGUGUUUAUGAUACCGAAUCUAACCGCAACUUGACCAUUGUCGGUGGCCAGUUCACUGCGUUGAGCAGCAACGGAUCCGCUAUCCACAACGUUGCCUUCCUGAAUGGCACCGAAGAGAAGAUUUUCGGCUUGCCUCAGGGCUUGGACAGCAACUCUACCGUCUACUCAAUGGCUGUCUACAACAACACUCUGUUCGUCGGCGGCAACAUCACCGGAACUCUUGCAAGCUCCAGUGUGAGCGGCAUGGUGGCUUAUGACUUGUCAAGCAACUCGUUCAAGCAGAGCCAGCCUUGGUCUCUAACAGGCAAGAAUUCCAGUGUCAACUCUAUGGCUCUGAGGCCCGGUUCGUCUGAGCUCUACGUUGGCGGCAGCUUUGAUUCUGCUGGCUCGCUCCCUUGCACGACAGUCUGUGCUCUGGAUACCUCGGUCAACACAUGGAGCUGGCCUGGUGCUUCCAUCAGUGGUACCGUGAUGUCUCUUAGCUGGGCCAGUUCGAACACUCUGUAUGCUGUGGGUAAUAUUGAGAUUGGUGACAACAAGACCGUUGUCGCCACUUUCAGCAAGAAGACAUCGGCUUGGACCGCCUUCUCCGGCGCUUCUACCUCUGAUAUUACUGGAACCGUGACUGCUUUCGCUCCUGCCAGCGAGGACAUCUCCAACUUUUGGCUUGGUGGCACCUCCACCAACGGAUCGGCCUUCCUCUUGAACUACGAUGGAUCGAAGUUCCGCUCCGCGGGCUCCUUGUUCUCCAAGGGUACGACCAUUCGUGGCUUGGAGAUCCUUCCCAUCAACCAGGAUCAUUCGUCUGUUUCUUUGUUGAAGAAUGACCAGACACUGUUGAUCAUGGGCGAACUCGUCAUCCCCGAUUUCGGUAAUGCCUCGGCGGCUCUCUACAAUGGAACCGCUGUCACGCCGUUCAUCCUUUCAUCCAAGUAUAAUGGCGAGCCUGGUAGUAUGUCGCAACUGUUUACGGAGAACCAGAAUCCGUACACAACCCAAUCAUCCCACCACUCCAAUGGCAUCGUCGUCUUGGUUGCAUUCUGUUGCGCCUUGGGCUGCGUCUUCCUCAUCGUCGCUGCUGGCGUCAUCGCAAACAAGAUCCAGCGUCGUCGCCAGGGCUACAGCGCUGCACCCCAGACCUUCGGCACAGACCGGCCAACCGACAUGCAGCGCGUGCCGCCAGAGUACCUCUUCAACUCUCUACGUCAGCCCAACCCCGGCGCCCCAGUUAUCUAA